AAAAUAAGAAUGGAGGCGUGGCUCAGUGCGCGUGUGUGGCUCUGGCUGUGUAGUAGUUGUAGUGGAGGAGGUCACAGGCUGGCCGAGUACCCAACUAUAGACUCCUUGCCCUUGGGAGUGAAUAAUACUGAAGACUGCUGUGGCCUGUGACCUGAAGGAGCAAGUUGUUUAAAUGCUGCAGUUCCAAUCCAAAGGAGUCACCACCUCCUAACCCCAGACAAAAAGCAAGGCGGGUCAUACCAUGUGAUACUAGCUGAGUUGAGUUCUUCAUACAAGAAAGAGGUAGGCAGUCAGCAAACCAGGUAGAGAGUAGUAGCGUAGCACCUGAUCACUGGACAUGGCUGGCACAGCUGCUUCUCCAACGUCCUUAGUUGAAAUUACCAUAUCAUGCAGGAAUCUGCGUGACACAGAUGUAUUCUCAAAAUCAGAUCCGUUGUGUGUAGUAUUUUAUCAACCUUUUGGAUCCAGAGAGUGGACUGAGUACAAGAGAACUGAAUGUAUAGAUAAUACCCUCAACCCAGACUUUGCUACGAAGAUCUCAAUGACUUAUCACUUUGAGGAACAACAGCAUUUAAAGUUCAAGGUGUUUGAUGUUGACUCUAAUUCCCCAUCACUUGACUACCAUGAUUACCUGGGGGAGUUUGAGUGCACCUUGGCCCAGCUAGUCAGCUCCCGGACAGUUCAGAAGCCUUUGCAAGACCCCAGCCAUUCUGGUGAUAAUGGGUACAUCAUCAUCACAACAGAGGAGCUUAGUUCAUGUAAGGAAGAGCUUGUUGUUCAGUUUGUAGGUAAGAAGCUGGAAAACAGAAGCUGGUUUUGUUCUAUCAGCCCGUUUCUUGAGUUUUACAAAGCCAACGAGGAUGGAACGUUUACCCUGGUGCAUCGCACUGAGCCAGCACGAAGCACCAACGACCCAGUGUGGAAGGAGUUUUCAAUACCGCUGCGUACGUUCUGCAGUGGUGACUACGAUCGCAAUGUUAAAGUGAUUUGCAACAACUUUAAGUCAAAUGGAAAUCAUAAACACAUUGGUACCUUUCACACAACAGUGAGGAAAUUAACUGAAGGGCCAGGUGCAUCAAAUACAUGCUGGCUGAUUAAUGAAGAAAGAAAGCGGCAGAAGGGAAGCAGCUACAAAAACUCUGGGGAAGUGUUGGUGAACAAAGCUCACACCCGACAAGUCUUCUCCUUCAUUGAUUACCUCAAGGGGGGCAUGGAGAUCAAUGCCUUCAUCGCCAUUGACUUCACAGCAUCAAAUGGUGAUCCUAAAUCACCCCAGUCACUACACUUCCUGAAUCCAGCGCUUCCAAACCAGUACGUCCGUGCCAUCACCUCUGUGGGGGAGAUCAUCGAGGACUAUGACACAGACAAGUUUUUCCCUGUCCUUGGCUUUGGGGCGAGGAUGCCACCAGCCUUCACAUCAGUGUCACAUGAGUUCUUUGUCAAUGGAGACCCCACCAACCCCUUCUGUCACAGAGUCCAGGGAGUCCUCGAGGCAUACUACAGUUGCCUGAACCGUGUGCAGCUCUAUGGGCCAACCAACUUUGCUCCCAUUAUCAACCACGUGGCUCGCUUUGCCGCCUCCAACACAGCGGGGGAUAAGUACUUCAUCCUUCUCAUUCUGACAGAUGGCAUCAUCACCGACAUGCCCCAGACAAAGGAGGAAACUGGGUGGGAGUGAGGUGUGUGAAGUCGUCGGUUUUGGAUGAACUGGGCACUCCCACGGCCGCCGGCCCUGGUCCAGAGGCAUCACUCAGUGCAAUGUAGGGAGAUGGGGAACGCACAGUCUAGUAUGUAAGUCUGUGAUUUAGCCACAAGGAUCUAUUAAAAACAAAAAUAGCCCAAAUAUCAUGAAAUUUGAUGCUUUUAGCCGAGUGCCAUCCUUAAUGUUUACUCAGUGUCUGAGGUUGUGCAUUUUAUGGGUACUUUGUAGAGGGCAUCCCAACCCUUGUGGUGACUCCUUCAUGCCUUAGUGUAUACCUGCCUUUCACCUGCCUAUUAUUUUGGGUUGUCAGUUACCUGUUGUUCAUGCUUUCAGUCCACUGCCUUUUAUUUAGUCAUCAUCUGCAUUGUAUUUGAAGCUAAAAUCUACUUUCUCGCUAUAAAUAAAUCCAUCACAGGGAGUUUAUGCCAUAAUUGCUUUUUCUCCCAGUACGUAUAUCGAUUCCCUGUAUACAUUCCAGGGUGUCAGUCAUCUAGUUUUAAGCUUUGUCAGCUGUGUUUUUUCUUGCUCUCACCUGCCUUUAUUUUCAGACUGCUUAUCACUUGCUUAUUAUGUGAGGAUGUUCUUUAAAUCUCAUCUCAAGCCAAUACCUGUGCCUGUACCUCCUCUUUAUAUUUGAGUGUUUGCUUGGUCAUCUUUUCAGGUUGUCA